CCUCCUCCCUCCCUCCAUCCAUCCCAAAGCUGUCAUCCCUCCCGAGUGUUCUCGGCUCAAUCCUCUGAACGCCCGGAUGAGAGUCGAAGCCCAGUACCAGGCGACAUUGGCAACAUGGUGGCGUGAGAGAGGCUCCGAUUGAAGCGGGCAAACAGACAUCACUCACCCGAGACAGAAGCAGCGCAGAGCGGGGGAGGCGACCGACCCGACCCGACCCGACAGGCCAGCCGGCCGGCCAACCGACCGCUGGAAUCCGUGACAUUUUCCCACCGGAACCUCUAUAGGGGGAACGAACAUACGGACGGCGAGAGAGUCGACACUCGGCGCUGAAUACUUCCCGCUUCGAGGCGUUUGAGCCAUUCGGCGAGGGAAGGUGCGGCGGCGGCGGCGGCGGACGGACGGACUGUGUCGCACAUGAAAGCAUGGAAGGCCCUCUGCACCCGCCAUCACUAGUCUCCUCCAAUCUUUGGACUCGCCUCCAGAAGCUCGGUUAACAGCUGAGAAGAGCAGAAAAGGAGCGGCGGGCCCGCCGGGUCCCCUUUGGCUUUCUCGGCGUACGUACGUCAGCUUUUCUUCCGAUCGAAUCCGGUGGAGGGACGGGCGCAUCGAAAUGGAUCUGGAUUCCUAUCUGUGGAUGGUCAUUUUCGGCUUCAUCGUCGCCUUCAUCUUGGCCUUUUCGGUGGGCGCCAACGACGUGGCCAACUCGUUCGGCACGGCCGUGGGCUCCGGCGUGGUCACGCUGAAGCAGGCCUGCAUCCUGGCCUCCAUCUUCGAGACGCUGGGCUCCAUGCUGCUGGGGGCCAAAGUGGGCGAGACCAUCCGCAAGGGCAUCAUCGACGUCAACCUGUACAACGAAACGGUGCCCGUGCUCAUGGCGGGCGAGGUCAGCGCCAUGGUCGGCUCGGCAGCGUGGCAGCUCAUCGCCUCCUUCCUCAAACUGCCCAUUUCCGGAACCCACUGCAUCGUAGGCGCCACCAUCGGGUUCUCCAUGGUCGCCAUAGGCACCAAGGGCGUCCAGUGGAUGCAGCUGGUGAAGAUUGUGUCAUCGUGGUUCAUCUCCCCCUUGCUGUCUGGACUCAUGUCUGGAGUCCUCUUCCUUCUCAUCAGGAACACCAUUCUCAACAAGGAAGAUCCCAUCCCCAACGGCCUGCGAGCGCUGCCCCUCUUUUACGCCACCACCAUUGGAAUCAACACCUUCUCCAUCAUGUACACGGGAGCGCCACUGCUGGGGAUCGAGAUGCUGCCGGUGUGGGCCAUCUUUCUCAUCACCUUGGCGGGAUCGCUGGUCUGCGCCGCUCUCGUUUGGUUCUUCGUGUGUCCCUGGAUGAAGAGGAAAAUAGCAAGUCGUCUAAAGAAAGAGCAGGCUUUGUCCAGGAUCUCUGACGAGAGCCUGGACAAGAUCCCCGAGGAGGAGGAGGAGACCCCCGUCUUUAAGGAGCUGCCCGGGGCCAAGGGCACAGACGAGGCCGUGCUGCCGCUCACCGGCGGCGGCGGCGGCGGCGAGAGGAACGCGCGCACCUCCAACAGCGAACUCGGCAACCUGACCAACGGAGGCGGCGUCGUGCCAAAUAGCCGAGUUUACGGCCGCACGCACUCCAUGACCAACGGCUGCCUGAAGUCGCCCGUCUCCAACGGCAGCUUUAGCUUCGACGGCCACAUGCGCAGUGACGGCCAAGUGUACCACACGGUGCACAACGACUCGGGUCUGUAUAAAGACCUGCUGCACAAAAUCCACCUGGGCCGAGCGGACGACAACGAGCGCCCCGCCGCCGGCGCCGCUCCCGACAACAACUACCGCCUAUUGCGGCGCAACAACAGCUACACCUGCUACACGGCGGCCAUCUGCGGCAUGCCCGUGCAGCCGCUCCUGCGCACCGUGUCGGGCGACGACAGCGAGAAGCUGGUCGGGGAGGGCCGCAGCAACAGCGUGUCCUACUCCAAGAAGCGCAUCCGCUACGACAGCUACUCGUCGUACUGCAACGCCGUGGCCGAGGCGGAGAUCGAGGCGGAAGAGGGCGGCGUGGAGAUGAAGCUGGCUACCGAGCUCAAGGGGGCCGAGGAAGGAGGGGGCUCGGCCCCCGUGCCCCUGGACGACCUGGAGGAUCACGAGGAGAAGGAGAAGUCGGAGGUCUUUCUGCUUUUCCAUUUCCUGCAGAUUCUCACCGCCUGUUUCGGCUCUUUCGCCCACGGAGGCAACGACGUCAGUAAUGCCAUCGGACCGCUGGUGGCGCUGUGGAUGAUCUACGACCAGGGUGGUGUCAUGCAGGACGCCGCCACCCCCAUCUGGUUGCUGUUCUACGGCGGCGUGGGCAUCUGCGCCGGCCUGUGGGUGUGGGGCCGCCGGGUCAUCCAAACCAUGGGGAAGGACCUGACUCCCAUCACGCCCUCCAGGUGGGCUCGGUGGUGGCCGUGGGCUGGAUCCGCUCCAGGAAGGCGGUGGACUGGCGCCUCUUCAGGAAUAUCUUCCUGGCGUGGUUCGUCACCGUUCCCGUGGCCGGCCUGUUCAGCGCGGCCGUCAUGGCCGUCUUUGUGUACGGCAUCCUGCCCUACGUGUGAGGGAGAGCGCCGUGGUGGAGGAGGAGGAAGAGGAAGGAAGGAAGGAAGACAAGCGAGAGGAAAGCCAAAGAGUUGCUGGCUUGCUGGAAGUAAAGGAAGCGGAAGAAAAGGCUGUGAGGAAGGUUGGUUGGUUGGUUGGUUGAUUCAAAAUCGACAAUACUGUACAUACAGCUCAAAAAAUGCUGUGCAAGCAAUUAUUACUCCAACUGUACAUAUUAUUCAUAUCAAUAUGCAAGAUUUGGUGUGCUCAACCAACUCAUCUCAUGUUAGCCAAGUGGAAAAUGUCAUGAUGGAGGGCUGAUCAGAAUUUGGGACUUUCUGUGCUUCUUGAUUUUUGAUCAUACCAUACAAAAAACAGAGUUGAUUUGUGUGUGUGUGUGUGUGUGUGUGUGUGUGUGCGCGUGUCUGUUUGUAUGGAUUUUUAAUGGGUGUACUAUACCGUAAAUCUGUACUGUAAAUACUGACCUUUGGAAGAUGAUGUUUUGUGGUAUUUUUUUGGAAGUGUCAGGAAAUGGGUUAUUCUCGGCACCUUUUCAUCAUAUUCAGAGUAGGUUUCAUCAUCGAUUGGAAACGAGAGAAAACCAUUUGCUCCUUGGUGUAAUAUCAGGGAAGCAAAAUAGGUGUCAGUAGAGCAUUGCUGAGACUGUUGCUAAGCGCCAAUGGAAUCAAAAGAAGAGGACCUAUUAGCUGGUUGCUAGUUAGUUGGAAGGCGGCUGUAUUUGAGAAAGUAAGAAAGAAAGAAAGAAAAGGUGAUUCUUUCGGGAUUGACCGUGCCAAAGGCAACUAUUUGAAUCGCCUUUUCAAAAGGUUUAAGGUGCAACGAGAAGCCAAAAGAUUACAGAAAUGCUCCUAACUAACUGCCUUGUUUUUUGGUUGGGUCUGGCGCGACAACGAAAUGCCUCUAUGUGUCAUAUCGAAACAAUAGUACAGUGUUGCAGAGCUUACUGUAUCCUAUCCUCCAAACCUGCUGUGUAGCAAAAUGUCACCAGUACUGAUCAUCACCAGCUUUUUAACUGGGUCAUGUGACCUGGAGAUGAACAAAAGCAUUGAUCUGGAUUUGUUUGAAUUGAUCUGAACAAAAUCAACUUGCUUGCGGUCUUCGGUUUUUUCUUUCUUUUCCUAAGAACAAAUCGAUGCUUUUGCGCUGGCCAUUUGCCUUUCGUAACACCUUUGUUCCUUUCUGCUCAAUCGUUGCGUACCGACUGCGGUGUUUACAUUGUAUUAGGGCCAGACAUGAAAACAAAGUUUGAUUUUUUUUUUUUUUUUGUGCUGUGUGUAAUCUCUAAUCUAAUACAACAUUGCAUACAGUAAAGUGCGACUUGUACGACAACUUUCAUCAAAUUGAAAAUGUACGACUUGACUCUUGUAAACCGUUGGAGCCAACUUGAGUUUCUCUUUUGUCAGUUUGGCCUUAACACUCUUUGUUGGGAUCCAUAUCAUAACUGGAUGGGGGAAAAAACCGUCAACUUGCCUCACAAUGCCAACAAGCGUUUUCACACAAACCACAAGUGUCUGGUGUGAGAGAAAAGGAAUGUUAUUUUUGUAGCUGCCGCAGCGCUAGAACGUCCCCACGCCACCUGAACGCUACGACAAAAAGAGUUGAACUAGAGAGCUUUCAUCAAAACGAUCUAUUUUUCUACAAUAUUUGAACUGGGGACAAGCUGGCGAUAGUUUGAAAUGGAACCUCCCGCCCGUGCUUGAUGUUGCGGAUGACGACAUACUUUGUAAUUUUGCUUCCCUCCCUAUUGGGGAAAUAGGGCAGGCCUCCGCGUGGCCCUCUUGCUAGCAUUAGCCGUGUAGCCGAAAAGGAAACAGGACUGUGGACGCAAUAUUUUACUGGGGGUGGUUACUCAUUUGUGUGUGUGUGUGUGUGCGUGCGUGGGGGGGUCUGAAAUUACAGCAAUGGCGACACAAGUGUAAAAGUUACGCAAUGUGGGUUAAGGUUUAACUGGACUCUGUGUGCGUGAGAGUGAGGGACGGGACGGGGCGCUCAAAUACAGCAAUACUGGAACAGAGCGAAUUGUCAAAGACGCGUGGUCGGAAUUGGUUAGCAUUUGUAAGAGGACCAUUGUUAGCCAGCAACGUGGGCUGAUGUGCAAUGACAUGCAAGUCUGUUUUGUUGCAAACUGCCACCACCAUUUUGCAGUUUGGCAUUUGUUUGAAAAGUCAAACGCAAGUGACGGUCGACAUGGACCUCUGGUGUGUGGAGUGUGCGUUGAAUACAACUCAUGGCUGGUAAACAAGCUAAGCAUUGAAUAUUGACGAUAUUGGUACACUCGAAAUGAAACUUGACUUGCCUUUGCUUUCAAGAUUUUUUUGGACAUCCAUUGAAUUGUUCAUACAACAUUCAUCGUUGUAAAACGUUCAAAUGUUGUACAGAUCAUGUUCGAAAGGACAUUUGAGGGCAAAAAAGAGUUCCAAAUGCAAAUGGUUAAGAUUGGUCAUUUUUUGCUGAUCAAAUGACCUUCCCACAUUUUGAAUGGGUUCUGGAUUUUGGGAUGGUUUUUAUGAAAUGUAAUCAUUCAACUGUAUUUGCUUUGUGUCACCUGAACGUGUUUGUUCACUCGUGAAUUUUGAGGCAAAUCAAUGCUUGUGGGUAUUUUCUGUUUCUUUUCUUUCUGGUUUUUGUCUCCGCCACGGGCCGAGUGUCGAUUGACUACGUCGUAAACUAAUCGCAACUAACUCUGGCAAGGGAUUGAUUUCCUUUGCGCUCAUGUCAUGGGAUUGUCAGUAGAAGGCGCCAUUGCGAUCACAUUCAGUUGACCUCGUCGGCACGGAUUGUGGGUGGCAUCAUUUUCCAAACAUCAAUUUGCCUGCACCAAAUUGUCGAUGUCGCUCGUUGCCGUGUAGCAAAGCCCCUCCCCUCCCCGGUGCGCGUGAGUGGAGCUGCCAAUUUGAGUGUGAUUGACGUGCGUGCGUGCGUGCAUAAUGUGGUAGAACGUGAUAGUCCCUGUCCUCCCUCCCUGGCCUGGCCUGGCCUGGCCUGGCCUGGCCUGGCCUGGCCUGGCCUGGCCUGGCCUGGCCUGGCCUGGCCUCGGCCUGGUCUGGCCUGGUCUGGCCUCGGCCGGCCUGCCUGCCUGCCUGCUUGCGGGCUUUUCCAGCUCUGUGUCGUCUUUUGAAUGUUUCGCGCUAUUUCCUGCUCGCUCUAAUGUGUGGAUUUAACAAACAAACAAACAAACGAACAAACGGGGGGGGGGGGGAAACUGUAGCCUGCUUCAACAAAAUCUUACUCUGAGUUGCUUCUGUCGUACUGUAAUGUCUUUAAGAUUUUAGUGGGAAAAAACAAUGCUUGCAUUUGAACUAAAUUAUGGGAAUUAAAAUUACAAAGAACAGUUA